GUUUGAUCUCAAGAUCACACUGACCCUCCACGACCCACAGUCGACGCUGCGCUUCUUCAUAGCUGCCUCGCCCCUGGCAUCGGCACCGCUGAGCGAAGCCGGGGAUACAGACAUUCAGAGGAUUCCGCCGGGACGUCGGCAGCAGCUGAAGCAAGAAGCGCUUGCCCGGCACAG